AUGUAUCAGUCUGUAUCAGGUACCACCAUUUGUUUCCCAGAAAGCCCCGAGGUUGGAGAUAGCGGUGACAACCUCUACCAGAAGACUGCGGAGGACCUACGAGAAGUAGUUCGGACAGCCGAAUUCUGGAUCUCGUUGUUGGAAGGUGAGCAGAGCGACUUACACGAAGAGAUCACAAAGCACAAAAAGAGACACCAGUUAACCAUUCGCCAGUCGGAGGCGAAGGCCAGCGCGCUCCGCGAGGCGGAAGUGGAACGCCGACGUUUGCUGUCGGAGCUGAAAUGGCUCCAGGAAUCCAGGGAUAAGGCGAUCUGCGAGCGCCACAUGUUGCGCGAGGAUAGCGUUCGGCUCGCGAGUCGCCGUCAGGAAGAUGUACAAUCUCUGGCUGCAAGGACAGAAGCCCUGGAGCAUGAGUUGCAGCGCGAGCGAAAUGAGAAAGCUGAACUGGAGAAGCAACUGGUACGAACCAAGGUGCGCUUUGCGGAAUCUUUGCAGAGCCAAGAUACAUUGGAAGCGAUCUUGGACUACUACGAGGGCCAGCUAAAGUUGUUGAGCCCUGGCUUCGAACCGCAAGAUCGCGAUUCGCUUGGUGUUUGGCUCAGACCCACCAGGCAAUCCUGCGACAGUUCAGAGGUGGAGAGUCUUGCCUCUGGAACCACAUCUGACCAGCAGACUGUUACCGAUGAGAAGUUGAAAGGAGGUCGACAUUUCAUGAAGUUGAUGGGAAGCAAGGUGAAGAACAUGCUGAAGUCAACAGGUCGAGGCAAGAAAGCCUUGCAGCCGGAGCCGAACGUCCCGACGGAGGAGCUGAAAUCUCCACGUCCGGUGCCAUCACCAGCACCGACUGGAAGUCUGGAGCUGGCCACGCCUCGUUCUGCAAGCCCACCUCAGACGACCGGGGAUGCGACAACUUUCGAGUCACCGAAGCGACAACUUCGCAGAUGGGAGCUGCGCCAAGAGUGA